CAAGGUGUCGCUGAAUCGGUCACGGUGAUCGUCGAUUUUUACGAGUUUUUGGGAGAUCGUAUCAUAUAACCAUAGAUAUAACGUAUUUGUCAUCAAUCAGGCACUUACGGAAACUCAACUAAAAUGUCGAUCACAGCGGACUCUCUCAAAGAUAAGCUUAGCAAAGAACUAGAACCAACAUAUAUUAAUGUUGAGGAUACAUCACCAAACCACUGCGGUGCAGCAUUUGAACUGGUCAUUGUCUCUAACAAAUUUGAAGGAAAGCCUCUACUGCAGCGACACAGGUUGGUAAACACAUGUCUGGCAGAGGAACUCAAAACGAUCCACGCCUUCUCUCAGAAGACCUACACGCCGGAACAGUGGCAGAAACAGCAGUCUGCUUAACCCCUAGAUUUACGUGUACACACACUAAGUAGCAAAUGACCCUGGUUGCAGAACUAUCCUUUAAUCUAUAGCUUUAUAUAUCAAUCACAAAUUCCUCAAAUUUUUUUACCAGGGUCAUGUGCUGGUCACCUAGACAUUGUUUGUGUGGAUUAGUUUAAAUGUGGUUUAUGGUUAGCUGUGAAGCAAUUGUGUGGCAGUUUUUAUGUAAAUGAUAUGUCAAUCUUAUACUGCAAUACAUUAGCCCUUUCCAUUUUGAUAAGCUAAUAAAGCUGUGUUAUUAGUAGCAAAUUA